UCUGGCUGGUGGAUGAGUGUGGUAGCAAGAAAAUGCACGGAAUAAUCAGAAAAUGGAUCCUUUUUUUGUGCGUAACCCUUGCGAAAAGCAAAGAUUGCACACUUCAAGAUUUUCUUGGAGGAGACUUGUAUAGCCCUAAUUUUGACAUAACUGGUAUGGACAACUCCUAUGCCGACACAAAACAAGUCAGAGUGGGCUGCAAUGUAGGCUUCAGUGGCUUUUUUAAGCUAAUCUGUGAGAAUGGAAUUUGGAAAUCAAGAGGCUCGGGAUGCCAGCCCAGGUCAUGCGGCCAUCCUGGUGAUGCCCCAUUUGCAGAUUUUCAACUGGUGAAUGGAACCGAUUUUGUUUUUGGAUCAAAAGUUGUGUACAUCUGCCAUAAGGGCUAUCACAUGGUGAGUCGCAGAAACUAUCGGAAUUGCUUGACAGGAGGUUGGGAUGGAGCCGUUCCAGUUUGUGAAGCUCAACAGUGUCCGGCAAUCCGAGUGGACACUAGUAAGGUCAAAGUGACUGGGGAUCCUGAAGAAGCAGCGUUUGGCAACGUGGUUAUAUUUAGCUGCAAGUCUAACUCUGAAGUUCUGAAUGGACCUAUGGAGAUUUAUUGCGAUGAAACUGGAAAGUGGAGUGGAAUUGGUUGGAAAGACGAACCUCCGACAUGUAAACCAAUCACAUGCCGUCCACCGGACAUUAAAAACGGUCGUGUACUUGGAGAUGCCACAGAGUAUAGAGAAAAUGAAAUACUGAAUUAUUGGUGUGAUGAACAGUUUAAAGUAGCAAAUGGAAUUCCUUCAAAAUGCACCAAAGCGGGGCAAAUACCAGAUUGGAUUCCAACACCGUUGUGUGAACAAAUAAAAUGUCAUCUGCAACUGCCACCGCUCAGAGGGACUACAUAUGAACCUGCCUCCACAAGUGCAUUCUUACCUGGAGCAACUGUGACAGUCACCUGUGGGAGUACAUAUUGGAUUGAGAGGACUGACAAAACCUUCACAGAGGCCACUUGCAAAGGAGAUGGGGAGUGGAAUAUCAGACCAGUAUGCCAAGAGGUUAUAUGUUCCAAUCAGCGAGACCCGUUUGUGUCUUACUGGGGCGUCUAUUAUUGGCACCAGAAAAAACUUGGGGACACUGCAUCUUAUACCUGUAAGAGGGGCUAUAAGAGUACAAAUGGUGCCACUCGGGCCACAUGCACCAGGAAUGGAUGGACACCAAAACCCCUUUGUCACGAGACACGCUGCGAACGGCAUGACAUUGAAAAUGCAGACAUUGCCCACAACAGCAAGUGGAACUACAAUGAUGGUGAAGAAGUCCGUUACAGAUGCAGAAACAGUGGCAAAGAAUUCACUAUUACCUGUGAUGAAGGUGUCUGGACAGGAAUUGAAAAGUGCUCAAGUGAUGAGUCCUGCCUAAAACCCAACAUUCCAAAUGGAUUUACAGCUGGGCCUUACAAAAACACCAUCUACUACACCUGUGACGCUAAUUAUAAGCUUCCUACCAAAGGCUGGUGGGGUUCUGCGAAGUGUCAAGGUGGUGUCUGGUCUGGACUUCAACGCUGUAUCGAGAAAUCACGGUGUGGAGAGCCUCCUGUGAUUCCUAAUGGGAAAGCAACAGAAGUUCGACAGCCUGCUGAAGAGGCUCAAAUCCUUGAGAUAAGCUGUAAUAAAGGAUACUCCACUGAUGUUGAGCAAUUGACCUGUCAGGAUGGAAAAUGGAAUUUAAAUGGAGAAUCACUUGAAACACUCUGUAGACUUACCAGACCUCGCUGCAGUCCUCCACCCAGAGUUGAAAACGCUCUUGUUUUGAAACCUUAUCGGAAAGAAUUCCUCUCUGACUCUGUGAUAACUUAUCGCUGCCGUGAAAAUUUCACAAUGGAGGGAGAGGACACGAUUAAAUGCAUCUCAGGAGAAUGGGAGGAGAAGAACACCACAUGCAUACAAAAGCCGUGUCCAUUUCCCGAAGAUAUUCCUAAUGGCUCUUAUAGGAAAAUUUUUGGUAAAGAGUUUGUUGUUGGAACCAUGAUCAAGUACACUUGCAAUGAAGGUUAUCGAAUGGUCAGUCAGCACGAUACUCGAACAUGUUCGCUGGACGGCUGGACCAACACAGAGCCAAUAUGUGAACGCGCCACCUGUGAAAUUGCUGAGUUGCACUCGAAGCUCCGUGUGACCGGGUUGCCGCAAAGUGGAGAAACAAUAGAAUCUGGACACACUUUAUAUUUUGAGUGCAGUGAUGGCUUGAAGCUGGAUGGGAAUCCACAGAUUCGCUGCUUAAGGAGUGGAGAUUGGAGUGCUCCCUUCCCAACUUGCUCUGAAACAUGCAAAAUCCUUGAUGUGCCAAACAAUGUAAACCGCGACCCCGCGUUUGGCAAUGACCUACUGAAAGGACGGAAUCUGACAUUUACAUGCAAAUUUCGUGGACACUUCAUUCAAGGCUAUGCAACAGUUCAAUGUUUGGAUAACGGACAGUGGAGUCAUCAGUUUCCAACGUGUGGCACUCCUGUGCACUGUGGGAAUCCUCCACCUCUUGACAAUGGUGACACCACAGAAGCUCCGAAAUACGUCUACAGCCAUGAUGAAAGGGUUGAAUUCAGAUGUCAGAAUUAUUAUGUCAUGGAGGGUGAACCAUUCAAAACCUGCGUCAAUGGAGAAUGGAGAGGAGACAUGAAAUGCCUCAAACCAUGCACAGUGAACAAAAAUUUGUUGAAUAAACAUAAUAUUAGGUUUAAAUAUACCUAUAAUGAUAAGCUGUACUCCGAACACGAUGAUGAAAUGGAGUUUGUAUGCAAAAGCGGAAGUCCUGUAGCAGGAAACGACAUGCGAGUGAGAUGUCUCGACGGGGAGAUUCGCCUGCCAACCUGCCAGUGAAGAUUGGAAAAGCUCUCGGUGGCAUGAACACACAGGAAUAAUGUUUCACUGCACUGUGUGAUCUUGCAUGUUUGCCUUUGCAUGUUUUAUUAGAAAAAAAGAAAAAAAAUCUUUGGGUCUUGUCAUUAUUUUUAAUGUUGUUGAGAUGAGGAAUCUUUUUUUUUUUUUUUUAACAAUUUUAAGCAUAAUGAGAUUUGUGAAAUGUUAGAAAUGU